AGUACCAAACAGUUCGCUUUCCAUGACACUCCUACCAUUUACUCUCUCUCUCUCUCUCUCCCCCUCUCUCUUACUUUCUCUCUCUAAUAGAAAACUUUUCUUCGAGCAACUCUUCUUCGUUUCUCCACAGUCGCAAGAGGAGAAAAAUCUAAGGAGAAGAAUCCUCAGGACGACGCCGUCUGAGACCCCCGACGUCCGCAUAGGCCGCCGUUUCGUUUCUUUUCACUUCGGUGGGAGCAGGCCGACCGUUUACACGCUCCGACGGGAGUUUGUCGGAAGAAUCCGAUCGUCGAAACGUUGCCGUGUGUUGAUCACUUGAAGGAGGACUUUUUCGUCGUUUCCUGGUGAAGAUGGUUGAUUGAUUUUGAUUUGGUUUCUGAGUUAGGGAGAUAGGAAUAAAGGUUUGGGAGGGGAAAGGCAUCGUAUAUGGGUAAGGUGGUGGUGGCGUUGGCGGCGGGGUGUGCGGUGGCGGCUUGCGUGGUGGCUUCGAUGAUGGUGGAGAGGAGUGUGAGGCGGCGGAGGGCGUGGAGGAGGGUGGUAAGGUUGCUGGAGGAACUGGAGGAGGGCUGCGCUACCCCCGUUGGGCGGCUGCGGCAGGUUGUCGAUGCUAUGGCGGUUGAGAUGCACGCUGGCCUCGCGUCUGAGGGCGGGUCUAAGCUUAAAAUGCUCCUCACCUACGUUCACAAACUCCCUACUGGGAAGGAAAGAGGAACUUAUUAUGCUCUACAUCUUGGUGGAACAAAUUCCCGAGUAUUGCGUGUUCAGUUAGGAGGCCAGAGAUCUACUAUCAUUGGACGUGACCUUGAUCGACAACCCAUUCCGCAGAAUUUGAUGACCAGCACAAGCGAGGAGCUCUUUGAUUUUGUAGCAACAUUGUUGAAGGAUUUUGUUGAAAGAGAAGAAAAAGGUUCCAUAACUACACAACAGGAAAGCAGGGAACUUGGAUUCACAUUUUCAUUUCCAGUGAAACAAACUUCUUCAUCAUCAGGAAAUCUAAUUAAAUGGACAAAAGGAUUCUCAGUUGAAGACAUGGUUGGAAGAGAUGUUUCUGAGUGCUUGCAGCAAGCAAUAUCUCGUAAAGGCCUGGACAUGCGAGUGGCUGUUCUCGUAAAUGAUACUGUGGGGACAUUGGCUCUUGGUCAUUAUGAUGAUGAGGACACAGUAGCCGCUGUGAUUUUUGGUACAGGUACUAAUGCCUGUUAUUUGGAGCGUGCAGAUGCCAUCAUUAAGUGCCAAGGACUACUUACAACUUCAGGAGGCAUGGUUGUCAACAUGGAAUGGGGAAAUUUUUGGUCUUCUCAUUUGCCAAGAACUUCGUACGAUAUCGACUUGGAUGCUGAUAGUCCUAAUCCAAAUGAUCAGGGUUUUGAGAAAAUGAUAUCAGGAAUGUACCUAGGUGACAUUGUACGAAGAGUAAUUCUCCAGAUGUCGCAGGAAUCAGAUGUGUUUGGACCUGUUUCUUCCAAACUACAUGUGCCCUUCAUCUUGAGGACACAUUUGAUGGCUGCUAUGCAUGAGGAUGACUCCCCUAACUUGACCGAGGUGGCCAGAGUACUAAAAGAUACCCUGGAGAUCCCCGAUGUCCCUUUUAGCGUCCGGAGGCUUGUCGUGAACAUCUGUGAUGUAGUGACACGCAGAGCAGCACGACUGGCAGCUGCUGGCAUUGUGGGGAUACUGAAGAAGAUUGGACGGGAUGGAAGUGGUGGAAUUGCGGGUGGGAAAACCAAAGUUGGAAGCAAGAAUAAGAUGAUGAGGAGAACGGUAGUGGCGGUUGAGGGGGGAUUAUAUACAGACUAUACAAUGUUCAGAGAGUACCUAAAUGAAGCGAUGGAAGAGAUAUUAGGCGAAGAUGUUGCUCCGUAUGUCGUCAUCAAGAUGACCAAAGAUGGGUCGGGUAUUGGAGCAGCACUUUUAGCUGCAUCUCAUUCAGCAUCCUCCACUGGAUAGAGUAGAGUUGCCGUAGUUGCAUGAAUAUCAUAGAUUAUGUAGCUUCUGUAAAUUUGUAGAAUCAUAUUCAUACCUUGGAGGGAAGGGUUGUGCAUAUGUGUCGUAUAGUAGGCUGAUAUUAUAGGUUACUUGUCUUUUUUCCCUCAAUAUUUAUUACAUUCUAGGAUCUAAGGAGCUGUCGAAUUGUGAAAUGUCAUCAUCUCCUCCAGUCUGUAUAAUAGGUAUAGUGUUACUAUGGGUUGAAACAUUAAGUGUGAUUCUAUUUAUUCAUUUAUUUAUUACAUAAAAAUGUGGAAUAUUUUAUGA